CUGCACUACGGGACCCUCCUGGGCAGCAGAGCUUGUGUCCACACGGCAGCAGCUGCCUGGGGCGCUGCGUUUCUCACUGCUCUGCUGCACACGGCCAAUACAUUUUCUCUGCCCCUCUGCCAGGGCAAUGCUGUGGAACAGUUCUUCUGUGAAAUCCCCCAGAUCCUCAAGCUCUCCUGCUCACACUCCUACCUCAGGGAAGCUGGGAUCAGUGUGUUUGCUCUCUGCUUAGCUUUUGGCUGUUUUGUUUUCAUUGUGGUGUCCUAUGUGCAGAUCUUCAGGGCUGUGCUGAGGAUCCCCUCUGAGCAGGGACGGCACAAAGCCUUUUCCACGUGCCUCCCUCACCUGGCCGUGGUCUCCGUAUUUAUCAGCACUGCAGGGGUUGCCUACCUGAAGCCCCCCUCCAUCUCCUCUCCAUCCCUGGACCUUGUGGUGUCAUUUCUGUACUCAGUGGUGCCUCCAGAACAAACCCCACCGGCCCAGAGAGAUCCAUCUCAGCUGCCUUGGACAGGCUCAGUGCAAGCGUUCCUGUCUGACAGAGUCGAGGUGUCUGGGCUGAAGAAGUGGACGCUGUGUGGGAAGUUGGCUGAAGGACCAAGCCCAAAUGUCAUCAGUGGUACCAAGUCUCCAUGCAGCCAGUUAUUUGUGCCAUCCCCCAGUGACCAGCACUCAGUCAGCACUGUCAAGUGUCUUCAUUACAACCCUGUAUGA